CUUCUCGCCUCUAGAUUAGAAGUUUAGAACUCACGAGACGUAUCUCCUGCUCUGGCCUCUGUGAAGGAUCGAGAGCCGCUCUUCUCUCUUUUCUUUGGCUCUCCGUCUCUCCGGCAUCUGUGAACAUCGACGCCAAUUCAACCUCAGACACUAAUUCGUCGGUCGCUCGGUAACUUCGUCGGAUCGCCGCACUGUAGCUGACGAACGAAUUCCUCCAGCCCUCCUUAAUUCGUUCGUUGUCUUCAAAUCCGUCUUAAUUUCUGACCUUGGUUUUAGAUCUUUUGUAUGGACUGCAGUUUCGUAUCAGCUGAAAGAUGGGCUGAAAUUAUCGCCUUCAGCUUCCCAGUUUGUCUCUUCAGUGGCAUUCUUUCCAUGGAGUGUGAAACCUCUUUACGGAAUUGUAUCUGAUUGUAUCCCCAUCAAAGGAAGGAAAAGAAUUCCGUAUCUCAUACUGGCCACUUUGCUAUCACUCCUUCCAUGGCUUGUUUUAGGAACCAGUGAAACUCUUAGGACCAAAAAGGUGCAGCUAAUGAUUUUUCUAACACUGCAAAAUCUGGGCUCGGCCAUGGCUGAUGUGGUAAUUGAUGCCAUGAUAGCUGAGGCUGCAAGAUUAGAACGGGCUUUAUUUGCGGGUGAUCUUCAAUCGAUCUCUUGGAUGGCAAUGGCUUUGGGAGGAAUCUGUGGGAGUUUGCUAGGUGGUUAUGCAUUAAACAAUCUUAGGAUGGAUGAAAUUUUUCUUAUCUUUUCGGUUUUACCAGCAAUGCAGCUUGUUUCUUGUCAUUUUGUGGAGGAGGGCUCUACAGCUGCUAAAAGCUUCUCAAAACUUUCCACCUCAAACGGAACUCACCUGACGAACGAAAACAUUGAUGAUAAUUAUAAUUUCUCCAAUGGGAAGUCUAAGGGUCGCGCAUCAAGGAGAAAAAGGAGUCAGAAAGAUACUGAAAAUAGAACAGUUCAAUCUGGUGACCUCGAAAUUCCUGAAAAGGAUGAAUCAUCCUUACGCCUGUUUCAAUCCAUCAAAUCAGCAAGCUAUGCUCUGUUCAUGGCUUUCCGGCAGCCAAUCAUUCUGAGACCAAUGGCUUGGUUCUUUUUAGCGCAUGUAACUGUCCCAAACCUCUCGACCGUAAUGUUCUACUACCAGACAGAGGUUUUAAAGUUGGAAGCAUCCUUUUUAGGGACAGCACGUGUCCUUGGGUGGUUAGGCCUCAUGCUUGGAACCUUUGUUUACAACCAAUACUUGAAGAAAAUGAAAUUGCGAAGAAUUCUCAUGUGGGCUCAUAUUGGUUUGGCCAUUUUGAGUUCCCUAGAUAUAGUUUUGGUUACCCGAACCAAUGUAUCAUUAGGUAUAUCGGAUAAGAUAUUGGUGCUGUUUGGGUCUGCUCUUGCAGAUGGCAUAAAUCAAUUCAAGUUUAUGCCAUUUUUAAUCUUGUCAGGGCAGCUAUGCCCUCCAGGGAUUGAAGGGACUUUAUUUGCUCUUUUCAUGUCAAUUAACAACUUGGGCUCCACAGUGGGAUCUUUUGUUGGAGCUUGGCUUGCUUCCGCCCUUGACAUAUCUUCUUCAGGAUCUUUUGACAACCUCUCGAUUGGCAUUUUUGUUCAGGUCAUCUGCACAUUCGUACCGGUUGCUUUUCUGUUUUUGAUCCCCAAGGAUGCUACGGGGGUAUCAGCUUAGUUCAUUCAUAAUCAUUAUUUGUGUUCAGGCUGUAUUGGCCGUGGCCGCCUACGCCACUCUCACCUUUUUUCUUCAUUCAAACCACAGAAAAUAUUAGAUACUGGAAAUUCAUAACCCGAACUUCAUUUGAUGUAUACGGAGUAUAUGUAUUUUCCAUACAGAGAAAAGACUGUUAAUUUUACAGUGGAUCUACACAUCAAGGGAACUAUCCAUUUGAAACUUGUUGACUUUUCCCACAGACCAUCAAGAAUAAUUUCAAAUUCCUUAAAUGUAUUGGGGUAUUCAACUCAGACUCCUG